CUCUCUCCGCCGCUACUGUCACUAUCGUAUCAGCAAAGUUAUCGACUCAGCUCCUCGUCAUGAAGUUUCUCCUGGCCAGUGCCACUCUGUUGGCCACCUUCGCCGUGCUCAUCCUCGCCGACAGCAACCAGUGGGGCCGUCGAGUUUCCGGCGACCGUCUGCUGAACCGAACCACGGUCGUGAAUAAUUCCCUCCCGGUUCCGAUCAAGACCGCCGUCGUCCAGUACCUGCCACCGCCCGGCGUCCGACCACCGAACGUGACCUACAUCGUGGCCAGGGAUAACGUGAAAAAUCCGGCCCAGGGCGGUUUGGCCGCGCUCAUCUCGGGCGGGAUCAACCAAACCCAUGCCACGGUUAAGCUGAGCUCCCGGCCCAGCUUGGGUUUCAACUUUACGGUGGAGAUUUACGGCCGGUAGGGAUUGACAGACUGGGAUGGAGUGGAGUUGAAGAGAAAAGUUCUGCUAUAGUUUGUGGAAGAGGUCGAAGUUGGGAAAAAAUGGGGGGAUUAAAGAAAGAGUUAUGCAAAUAAAGUCUAAGAAAAUGUCUAGUUUGUCAAUUUCAAAUAAAUA